GACUUACAUUGCAUCAAAAUGGUGAGCGGUCGUGCGUUGCAUUUCGUGUUUAAAGUGGCUGACAGGACCCUUACAGCAAAAUUCUACCGAGACAUCUUGGGAAUGAAGGUACUUCGUCAUGAGGAAUUCAGCGAAGGGUGUGAAGCAGCCUGCAAUGGACCAUAUGCAAACAGAUGGAGCAAGACUAUGGUGGGCUACGGCCCUGAGGACACACAUUUUGUCGUUGAGCUUACAUACAACUACGGGAUCACACAUUACGAGACAGGCAAUGACUUUAUCGGCCUCACCAUACAGUCUAGCGAGAGUCUGCAGAGAGCUGCAACCAAUAAUUGGCCCGUGAAGCAACAGAAUGGGAUUAAAUACUUGGAAGCACCUGGUGGAUACAAAUUCUUCAUUGUUGAUAAGCCGGAGCCUGUUGGAAAAGACCCAGUCCAAAAGGUGUCCCUGGCCUGUUCUAACCUGGCGAGGUCCAUCGCCUACUGGAACGGCCUGCUGACGCUCAAGAUCUUCGAGAAGAAGGACAAAUCCGUGGUCGUGGGCUUCAGUGAGGACCAGGCCAAGCUUGAGCUUGUUGAAAUUGCGGAACCCAUAAACCGAGCAAAGGCCUACGGCCGCAUAGCAUUCGCCUGCCCAUUUGACGAGCAGCCGAUUAUCGACAGCAAGAUUCAAGCCGCCAAGGAAAAGAUCCUCACCCCCCUCAUCUCGCUAGACACCCCCGGGAAGGCCACCGUCCGCGUCAUUAUUCUAGCUGACCCAGACGGCCACGAGAUCUGCUUCGUAGACGACGAGAGUUUCCGCCAGCUUUCCCAGGUGGACCCGGCCAGCGACGCUGAACUCGACAAAUUCAUUAAAUCCGAUAAGUCGCGCUAAGUAAUUCCUUAUCUAUGCCACAAGUAUGUUGAUUAGAUGAUAAUUAUACAUUCGUUCGAGUAUUAUUACUUUGUUGUAUUUGCUAAGACUGAAGCCCAUUUCAUAAAUUCAGGUUGUUUAAUUACUUGGCCACCAUCAAAUUA